GAGUGCCGGGCGCUCGGGGAAGCCGGCGCGUUUCGGAGGCGGCGGCGGCCGAGGCCGGCGAGCGCUCCCGGCGGCACCGGGGCCGCCCUCGGUUCCCUGCACGCACCGCGCUGUGCCCCGCCUCCGCUCCGGUGACCUUCCCGGGGCGUCUUCCCCGGCCCCGCGCCCCCGGCCCCGCGCCCCAGGCCGGGGCGAGGCCCUCUCCAGCGCUUCCUUACCGCGGAGCCGCGGGCGGGCGGCGCAGGCCCGGGGGGAGGGGUCGCCGAGGCCGGCUGCAGCGCCCCCCCGCCUCCGCGCUCUGUGCUCGGCCGGGCCGGACCGUCGCUGCCCCGCCGCCGCGCGGGAGCCCGGGAGCCCGAAGCUGGGGGCGCGGCCGCGCUCGCCCAGCCGGGCUGGGAGCGGGCAGGCCCUGCCCUGAAGGGGCGAAGCGGCGGGGAGCGCGGGAGGUGGAUCUGGCCCCGGCGGCCGCCCGGCGUCUCUCACAGCGCCCCCUCCCCGGGCUCAGACCGAGGCGAACCCAGGCCCCUGCCCAUGCGGGGCGCCCCGGGCUCCGUAGAGUCCCCGGGGCAGGGAGCAGCUCCAGGCAGCAGCGCCGGAGGGAGAGGAAGACGGGACUGUGCUCAGCUCCGGCGGCCCGGACCUUCCCCGUCGCGUUUGGAGGCGGGGGCCGCCCCGAAGUCUGCGCUUGUCACCGCCGCUCGGACUAGGGCAGCGCCUGCUGGGACCCCGACCCGGAACCCCUGCGCCUCGUAGGUGGCAGCGCCGCGGCGCGACCCAGCUCCUCCGCGGUCUCCCUCUGCCUGGCGGCAGUCACGGCCAAGAAAGUAUUAUGAGGGAGGCCGAGGACUCCACGCUCCGGGCAGAGAAACGGCGCUGGGAUUAGGGGUUGCCACUUCCGAGAGGAUGCUGGGAAUCUGCAGAGGGAGACGGAAAUUCCUGGCUGCCUCGUUGACUCUGCUCUGCAUCCCAGCCAUCACCUGGCUUUACCUGUUUGCUGGGAGCUUUGAAGAUGGGAAGCCGGUGUCUCUGUCUCCGCUGGAGUCCCAGCCUCACAGCCCCCGGUACACGGCGUCCAGCCAGCGGGAGCGCGAGAGCCUGGAGGUGCGCGUGCGCGAGGUGGAGGAGGAGAACCGCGCGCUCCGCCGGCAGCUCAGCCUGGCCCAGGGCCACGGCCCGGCCCACCGGCGCGGCAACCACUCGAAGACCUACUCCAUGGAGGAAGGCACCGGCGAUAGCGAGAACCUUCGGGCCGGCAUCGUGGCAGGCAACAGCUCCGAGUGUGGGCAGCAGCCGGUCGUGGAGAAGUGCGAGACAAUCCACGUUGCCAUUGUCUGUGCCGGAUACAACGCCAGCCGGGAUGUUGUCACCUUGGUGAAGUCUGUCCUGUUUCACAGGCGGAACCCCCUGCAUUUCCACGUCAUCGCCGACUCCAUCGCCGAGCAGAUCCUGGCGACGCUCUUCCAGACCUGGAUGGUGCCUGCCGUGCGAGUAGACUUCUACAACGCGGAUGAGCUCAAGUCUGAAGUUUCCUGGAUCCCCAACAAACAUUACUCUGGGAUUUACGGUCUGAUGAAGCUUGUCCUCACCAAGACUCUUCCCGCCAACCUGGAGAGGGUCAUCGUCCUUGACACGGACAUCACCUUUGCCACCGAUAUUGCAGAGCUCUGGGCUGUGUUCCACAAGUUCAAAGGUCAACAGGUCCUGGGCCUGGUAGAGAACCAGAGUGAUUGGUACCUCGGAAACCUGUGGAAAAAUCACCGCCCUUGGCCUGCCCUUGGAAGGGGCUACAACACAGGGGUGAUCCUGCUGCUUCUGGAUAAACUGCGGAAGAUGAAGUGGGAGCAGAUGUGGAGGCUGACCGCAGAGAGGGAGUUGAUGGGCAUGCUGUCCACAUCCUUAGCUGAUCAGGAUAUUUUCAACGCUGUCAUCAAACAAAACCCCUUCCUCGUGUAUCAGCUCCCCUGCUUCUGGAACGUGCAGCUGUCAGACCACACCCGCUCUGAGCAGUGCUACAGAGACGUGUCUGAUCUAAAGGUCAUUCACUGGAACUCCCCCAAGAAGCUGCGGGUGAAGAACAAGCACGUGGAGUUUUUCCGCAACCUCUACCUGACCUUCCUGGAGUACGACGGGAAUCUCCUGCGACGGGAGCUGUUCGGCUGCCCCAGCGAGGCUGACGUCAACAGUGAAAACCUCCAGAAGCAGCUCUCUGAGCUGGAUGAGGACGACCUGUGUUAUGAGUUCCGGCGAGAGCGUUUCACCGUCCACCGAACCCACCUGUACUUCCUACACUACGAGUAUGAGCCCACUUCCGACAACACGGACGUCACCCUGGUUGCUCAGCUCUCCAUGGACAGGCUCCAGAUGCUCGAGGCCAUCUGCAAGCACUGGGAGGGGCCCAUCAGCCUGGCCCUCUACCUGUCCGACGCUGAGGCCCAGCAGUUCCUCCGCUACGCACAGGGCUCUGAGGUGCUCAUGGGCCGCCACAACGUGGCCUACCACAUCGUGUACAAGGAGGGCCAGUUCUACCCCGUGAACCUGCUGCGCAACGUGGCCAUGAAGCACGUGGGCACGCCCUACAUGUUCCUGUCCGACAUCGACUUCCUGCCCAUGUACGGACUCUAUGAGUACCUCAGGAAGUCUGUCAUCCAGCUCGACCUUGCCAACACCAAGAAGGUGAUGAUCGUCCCUGCGUUCGAGACGCUGCGCUACCGGCUCUCCUUCCCCAAGUCGAAGGCAGAGUUGCUGUCAAUGCUGGACAUGGGGACCCUCUUCACGUUCAGGUACCAUGUCUGGACUAAAGGCCACGCACCCACAAACUUUGCCAAGUGGCGGACCGCCACCACGCCUUACCGGGUUGAGUGGGAGGCCGAUUUCGAGCCGUAUGUUGUCGUGAGACGGGACUGCCCUGAGUACGACCGGAGGUUUGUGGGCUUUGGCUGGAACAAGGUGGCUCACAUCAUGGAACUGGAUGCCCAGGAGUAUGAAUUCAUCGUGCUGCCCAACGCGUACAUGAUCCACAUGCCUCACGCCCCUAGCUUCGACAUCACCAAGUUCCGGUCCAACAAGCAAUAUCGCAUCUGUCUCAAAACCCUGAAGGAAGAGUUUCAGCAGGACAUGUCCCGCCGCUACGGCUUUGCCGCCCUCAAAUAUCUCACGGCCGAACAACAGCUAGCACCAAGAAGCCCGUCACAAGGGAGAGACGUUCUACAAGGGGGAGAGCCACUUGCUGUUUGGGGCCCAGCCUUCAAACUCAAAUUGAGCACCGCUUUUUUUGGUUUGUUUUUAUUUGUCUCUUUGGCCCAACAAAGCUGCCCUCACUAUGGAGAUCUGGGACAAGGAUCCGGCCAGUCCCUCUCUGGCCCAUGACCCAUCACUCCCAGAGCGUGGAAAAACAGCCCACCUACGUGGUCUCUCCAAGAAUGGGACACAGAGGGUGAGAGGGAGCAAGGGGGUUAUCCUACCGCAAAGGCACACCACAGGCAGGUCUUCAGGAUAUUCUCAUUGCUUUUUUUUUUUAAAAAAAAAAAAGAGAGAAGGCAGGGUGUAGGGGUUAGCCGUCCAAGGAAAUAAAAGCAAAAAUGUCUCUUCAUCAGAGAAGACUUUCUUCUUCACCCUGCAGUUCAACUGGGUAUCCAAAAGGAGGGCACACCAGUGAUCAGAACUGUUUGGGAAAACCCAGUGGGGACACUGUACUUGGCAGGACCUAGAGGUGGGAUUAGUUGGUUCUUUAUCCUCAAGGUCACUCUUGUUUUGGGGGAUUUUGUUUAUUUGUUUAUUUUUGGUCUGGGAAUCCCAAAUAGAAAACCUGAUCCUUUAAGGCUCUGAAGGAAAAACAGCUGCCUUAGCUGACGUCCCUCUAUCAGCAGUGGCCCAACAAGGAGGACGGGAGUCUGCGGCCAAUAUUUACAUGGGUCGCCUUCUUUGGGAUGGUCACCGAGGCCCCAUGACCUUUGAAUUCCCUACUCUCCAGAAUCCCGGGGCUCCAAUGGGGACUGUGGAAGUACAGAGACCAGCUGUUUUACAACCAGUCACGUUCUCUAUUGGCAGUGACUGAUUCAUGGGGACAGGGCUUUAAAGGGACGGUUUCCAUGCACACGAAAGGUACGAACCUCUCAGGCCUUUAGAAGAACUUUCGUAAUUCACUCGAGCCCAGUCCUGAAGAUUCACAAGCCCGUUUGGAGAACUUCAGGAAGAAUGUGUUGGGCUCCACUGUGCUCACGUCUACUCGCUGCAGCUGGGAUGAGGUCAUGACCUCAGGCUCCCUUGGGGACCCAUCCAAGGGUAGGCCAGCACCUUUACCGUUACACAGAUUGAAGGGACACUGGACUUUUUAGCCAUUUUCUUGAAUCUUCAAUGUUAAUGUUGUGUUUACAUUGAUGAGAACAAGAGUCAGGGCCCUCCUCUCUGCUGGGCUGUUUGUAUCAAGUUGCAGUGUGACCAGCAAACGCUGCUGCAUCAAUAAACGAAAGUACAGACUCUU